AUGGCGGCCACACCACCCACGGCGGAAACAACGCCGACGACAGAAAAUGAAAUCAAGCCGGAAGAUGCCAAGAUACAGCAGCUGCUCUCAACUUGUGAGCGAUGCCAUCGCCUGCGGCGGAAGUGCGACACCCAGCUACCGUCAUGUCGUCGAUGUGAGAAGGCAAGGGCAGAUUGUACAAUCUUUGAUCACGCACUACAAGAGAGUAUACCUCGCAGCUACGUGGAUUCCCUUCUUAAGCGUCGGAAUGCCCUCCAAGCCAUGGUAGAUGCACAGCAAGUAUCCACCCAGGGAAUAGGUGGUCAACUGCAUGGCCCAGUGGUCUCACCCAGUCAAGCAAUCGAGUCGUCCUUUGACCUGACCUUUCUCUUUUCCAAUCUCCAUGGCAAGGUCUCGCGUUACUAUGGUACUAGCUCUGUAUUUUCUCUGACGGUCGAAGUCCUCAGCUUUGCACACAUCGCAAAAGUGCUAUCAGGCGAAAUUGGCAUUGAAGCUACCGGAAUCGAAGACAUCCAAUUCCCCAAGCACCAUCAAUUUAUCUCUACCUCGUUGGAGCCCGAAGACCACGUUAUAUCAAGGGUCAAUACUUUCCUUGUGGCCGAAAACAUAAUGUACGGCAUAUUAGACCCUUUUAGCACCUUGGCUGAUACGCAGGUGUACUUGAAACUACGGAUAAGCGAGUCCGGAGCAUUACUGCGUUUACAAGGACUGGAGGCUCAUCAAUACUUUCGUAUCAGUAUGGUAUGCGCGAUAUCCUGCGCAAAUCAAGCACGGCAUGAGCCACGCCUGCUUACGCAAAGCAUGAAUUACUAUGUCGAUGCAUUGUGCUAUUUAGAAGAGGUGUCCUCAGAAGCAUCAGCAGAGUCCUUGCAAGCACUCCAACUUCUUAUAGUGUUUUCCUUGUUCAGCCCUCAUGAGGGGGAUAUCUGGCGGUUACUAUCCUACGCCUGUCGGCUGAGCAUUGAAUUGGGAUACCAUGCGGAGCCCAGAUUUCUGAGCGCAGAAUAUAAUAAGCUGCAGCUGCAGCGGGCGUCGUUUUGGGGCUUGUAUGCACUUGAACGGGUUGCAGGACAGCUCUUUGGUAGACCAUGCGAGAUUCCUGAUACCAUCAUCGCGACAAAGUAUCCCGACCAAAAUAUACGCUUCCCAGGGGACGGCCAUGCUAUUGCCUUUCACUCCCCAGAUAUUGCACAUCAUUAUAAGCUGGUCUUUCUACGGUCAAGAUUAUACAGUCAGAUUUACUUGCCCGCCCGUGUCCCGCCCUACCCAGAGCAAUGGUAUACUGACCAAUGUAAUGAGUUGACGGCUUGGAGACAGGGCCUGAACCAGACUGACCCGCCGCAAGAUAUUGUGAGCAUAACAUGUGAGCUGGCGUACCACUGCACUGUGAUUCUGCUCUUCCAGUCGUGGAUCAUGAAGGGUCUUCAGCAACUGCAAGCUCCGGCUGACGCUAUGUUUGAAGGUGAAAGAGUGACAGUGGCACGAGAUAGUUACUGGGCUGCAUGUAGACUUAUAAGUAUCUACGAGGGGAUUCUGCGGUCACCACGGUCGUCUCCGUCGGGAACCUUCCCAUUGACCUUUAUAUCGGCCCACCACAUUUACCUUGCUGGCCUGACUGUGAUGGCUCAUUGCCUGCUGGCACUCGACGACCGGGUAAAAUUUAUCUCGAUGAUAGACAGUGCUGAUGACGCGAGUGAAAACCAUUCGGAUUGCUUUCAGGAAGCUCAUGUGGUGGCUGGGUCCUGUCUAGUGCUGCUAAGCUGGUGUGUUCAGCGAUGGCCGGGUAUGGUCGGCAUGUUAAACGUAUAUAAGAAAUUGUUCGAUGCAGUAAUUCCAAAAAUCAUGAGACUCGGCCUUUGA